UUCUUUCAUUGGAACAAUGGCUUCCACCAGUUCACAUCUUCUCCAUAUUUCCUCUCUCCGUCGUGUCCUCCUCCGUACGCCGGAAAAGUCCUCCAACUUACUCGUUCACCGCCGGGAAGAGCCACCGCCGUCUCGGUAUGCUCGCCGGAGACAACGAUUUCAGUCUCUAACGGUGAAGGUUUCAGAAGAAGCUGGAGAGAACAAUCCUGUUGAAGUGCAGGAGAAGGUUUCUAUACAGUCUGAUGACAGUUCUAGGGUUACAGAACCUGGAUUUCCUGAAUUUCCAACCAAAAAUCUCAAUAAGCAGGUUGCUUUGGUUUCUACUAUUGCAGCUAUAGGACUUUUCUUGUCGUCAAGAUUAGAUUUAGGUGUCUCUUUGAAUGACCUUUCUGCUGCUGCACUACCUUAUGAAGAGGCGUUAUCAAAUGGGAAGCCGACUGUUGUCGAGUUCUACGCAGAUUGGUGUGAAGUUUGUAGAGAAUUAGCGCCAGAUUUGUACAAAGUCGAGCAGCAAUACAAGGACCAAGUGAAUUUCGUGAUGUUGAAUGUUGACAACACGAAAUGGGAACAAGAACUAGAUGAGUUUGGAGUAGAAGGUAUUCCCCAUUUUGCGUUCUUGGACAAAAGUGGUAACGAAGAAGGUAAUGUCGUGGGAAGACUACCAACAAAGUAUUUUCUCGAGAACGUGAAAGCCCUUGCCCAAGGAGAAGAAUCUAUACCGCAUGCUCGAGUUAUUGGAGAGUAUUCAAGCACCGAAUCUAGGAAAGCCCAUCAAGUUGUUGAUCCAAGGAGCCAUGGAUAAAA